CUGGCAGAUACAAUAAAUUGCUCUUUUCUUUGAGUUUUUACAGGUUUGAGGAACAAUUUUUGGCGUCUACGGCACAGGUGUGACCCUGUAGGAGUUCCACAUCUCCUGGUGAUUGUCCAGCUUUUUGUCUUCAUUACCUUCAGUACCAGGAACUUUCUCUUCUUGACCAUGGACGACUUUGUUCGUGACAAACUAACUGAAUGGGGUCUAAGUAACUAUAUAGAAAAGUUUCAAGAUGGAAAAAUUGAUGAAAAAAGUCUCUAUUGUCUUGAACAUGAAGAAAUUAAGGAACUCAUCCCAGAGCAGGGACCGAGAUCAGUGUUUAAGCAUCAUCUCAAGGAGUUAAAGGUUUGUCGGCCCGCCAAUGAUAAAGGGAAACAACUAAAGCGUAAGUCAGAUCUUCAAGGCGAGGGCAGGAAGGAGCGCGUACCAAGCAAACGCCAGUGUGAAUCUCUGGGACCAGGUAUCUGCAUCUCUGUUGAAACACUGGCAACCAAACGCCCCACAGUGGGCUCAGAGACAGCAAUAAAGUCCAAAGUGAAAAGGACAAUGGAAAGUGUUGAUGCAAGGAUAGCAAAUCAAGUGAGCAUAAAGUUGAAAGAUUUCCUUCAGACUAAAAUCAAGGAUUUAGAGACAGACAAGAGGGAGCUGGUUGGGGUCUUUGGGAGAACUGGAGCUGGAAAGAGUUUGUUGAUCAACGCUGUCAUUGGAGAGGAUCUUCUGCCCUCUGGAGAAUUCAGAGCAUGUACAACAGUCAUGAUCAAAGUGGAGGCUAGCACGGAUGGCAAAGACGAAUUCAGGGCAGAGAUUGAGUUCAUUAAAAAAGAGGACUGGGAAAGUGAGUUUUGGGCCCUUCAGCGGCGUAUUACAAAAAAUGCAGAGGAUGACACAAAAGAUGAAGAUGAUGACAUCAUUGAAAAGUUGUCAGCAGUGUAUGGAGAAAAUUGGAGAGGGAUACUAGUUGAGAAGCCAAUGGACUCAAGACACUUCAGAGAAAUUCCUGAAUUUCUCAAAUCCGAGAACAAGAUUCUGACAUCUGGAUCAGCUGAAGGGCUAUCUGAACAGCUUGUGAAAUACACAAGAAAUGACUCGAUUCAAGAGGAAGAUCCAGAUGUAAAGAGGGCUUACUGGCCUCUGGUGAAAUGUGUGACCAUCAGGGUGCCAAACAAUGAUUUCCUCCAACAUGUCACACUCGUGGACCUUCCUGUAGACCGUAACAAGAGCAGAGAUGAAAUGUGGAGAGGGAUUGUUGGAAACUGUUCAACAGUGUGGAUUGUGACUGAAAUUGUCCGUGCUGCAUCAGAAAAAGAAACCUGGGAGAUCCUGGAAGAAGUCUGCAGCCUAAUUGGAAACGGUGGGGAAUGUCGGCAUAUUUGCUUUAUCUGCACAAAGUCUGAUCUGUUGAACCAUAGGAUUCUGAGAGUCAAGGAGGAAUUGAAGAAGGAAUUCAACAAGUCCAUCAAAAUUAAUAAACACUUCAGUGGGGAAUGUUUCGACAUCUUCACAGUGAGCUCCACAGAGUACUUUCAAGGCAAGCAAAGUCAGGACAACGAGAUACCAAAGCUUCAGGAGGUUUUGAAAAAGCUCAAUGGCUGCCACUCAGAGACCUUAAACUAUGUGUCUGGAGCACACGGGAUCCUCUCUUUGAUUAAAGGGGCCAGGCUGAGAGAAACAGCUACAGUAAAAGCAGAUGUGUGUAAAAAGCUUGAGGAAAACAUGAGAUGUCAACUUACUGCAGUUAAAACAAAUGUGGAGACGGCUUACAACAACUUUGAGAGAUGCCUCAGUAACGGAGUUGAACAAUCCAGAAGUUCAUGGGACAGAAGCUUGGAGAGCAUCUUUAAACCUAAACAAAAAGGAGGUAUCAAUUUCCAGACAUUGAGGUGCAUUGUUAAGAAUGGCGGCAUCCAUAAAACUAGAAGAGGAAGACAAAUAAACCUCAACAUGAAGUUAGCUUCAUACCUGCUUGACAGCAUCGAUGAUGAGUUUAGAAAGACCUUCCCAAAUGAAGGCAAAGACGGUCCAUUCUACGGGGCCAUCAACAGAUUCACACUCGACACGAAGGGACUGAUUCAGGGAUACAAGGAGGUGGAGCUGCACCUGACAUUUCUGAACACCGAGGAGGAAAAGAUUAAGAAAGAACUUAACAAAAUCAUCCUUGAUGGCAAGAAGAUAAUCUACAACAGUCUGACAAAGAAAAUCGAGGAAAUCAUGGAAGAUUGCUAUAAGAGAGCGGCAGAAAUUGAAGGACUGGGCACAGUGGCAAAAAUUCAACAAACCAUCGAGUCGCAUGUAAAAAAGCACAUGUACAUGUUUGAACAAGCUAAAGAGGCUAUGCUGACAGAGCUGACAGGCCUGAAGAUGAAAAUCCUGGAGAAACUGGAGAAAACAAUGAUGGAAUCAAUCGAACUGUCACUGAAGACGGAUGACCACUCACUCCCAGAUGUCUCAGACGAAUUAGAGGCUGUGAAGAAACUCUACGAUGAACUGAAAGGCAGCUCUGCUCAAACACUGGGUAAAGCUCAGGAAAAUGACUCAUAUGAUGUUAUUGAUCUUUUUGGCUGUUGGCUGUGAACUGAUUAUGUCCUCAACAUUGUUUAAACGUGCUUUUAUUAUUUGUGUUCCUCUCUCCAGCAGCUGCUCUGAAAUGUGUAUCUGUUUUAAAGCUGUUGAUUCAAUAAUGUGUGGGUGAUAUCACAGUUUUCUUUUAUUAUAUUUUUUACAUGUUUUUAAAGUCUCUACUUUGAUUAUAGUCUAUUUUCAAAGAAAAAAUGUGGGUGGGGAGGAUGCAAGUUUCCUGGUUGUAGUCAGUCAGUGAUGUUUUCCUUUUUAUCAUGAAGGAAUA